GAUGCAGCUCGCAUUCCUCGAUCACCUAAUCCGUUUUGAUGAUGCGAAAUGUCUCUGAAUCUGAUCACAACAUGGUGAUGCUUGUCUGAAACUCACCUUGCGUCAUUAUUAAUAAACAUUAUCCUGCAGUGCGGAGCGAGAUGGACCCGAGCAGGAGGAGCGAGAGUGACUGGCAGGGGCUGAUCAACGAGUUCCUCGUCUGUAAGAGGAAGUUGGAGAGCAAGAAAGAAGCGCUUCUGAUUCUGUCCAAAGAGCUGGACACCUGCCAGCAGGAGAGGGAUCAGUACAAGCUGAUGGCCAACCAGCUCCGUGAGCGACACCAAGGGCUCAAGAAGAAGUACAGGGAACUCAUUGACGGAGAUCUCUCUCUGCCGCCUGAGAAAAGGAAUCAAGUGAACUUAGCCCAGCUACUGAGAGACUCCAGAGAGAAGAGCAGUCAGCUUUCUGAGGAGGUGAAGGAACUGAAACAACGACUGGUGGAAGCUCAAGGUGAUAACAAGCUCCUGCGAAUGACCAUCACCAAACAGAGGCUGGGAGACGAGGAGGUCGGCGCUCGACACUUUCCUGCUCAUGAACGAGAGGAUCUGGUCAAACAGUUAGAAAGAGCCAGAGAGCAGAACGAGGUCCUGGAGCACAGCGUGAAGUCGCUCACAGACGAGCUCCAGGACGUACGAGCGGAGCGCGACGUGUUCCAGCAGAAGGCUCAUCGCCUCAAUUUGGAAAUGAACCACAUCGUGGGCAAUGAUGAGAUACGCAUUUUAGACAUAGAUGCACUUUGCAUGGAGAACAGGUAUUUGCAUGACCGGUUCUGUCAGCUUCAAGAAGAAAUGAACCUGCUCAAAACAAACCUGGUGAAGUACAAGAGCGCCCUGGACUGUAGGAAAUCCUCUAAAAUCAAUGGGAAACCCAACAGUAGUUCUCUGACCGGGGUGCUCUCUGCUAAACAAGUGAAGGAAUUGCUACUGUCUGAAGAGAACGGCUGCAGUUUGCCCGUGACUCCUCAGUCCAUCUCCGACCUCAAGUCACUGGCCACAGCUCUGCUGGAAACCAUCCACGAGAAGAACAUGGUGAUUCAGCACCAACGCCAAAUCAACAAGAUUCUUGGAACCCGAGUAGCAGAGCUGGAGAACAAACUAAAAACAUUAGAAAUGUCUGGAUUAUGGAGCCUGCCAGGCCUGACUUAUAAUGUGUCCCUGGGAAUAUAUGGAAUAGGAGGGAAAGACACCAUCAUCCUGAACACUCAGCAGGCUGAGUUAACAGAGUCUCCUGGACAGGAAGGUGACACUGGGUCAGGACAAACAGCCGUCGACCAGCAGAGCUCCACAGACGUCCCAAUCCAAGAGAGUGGAGCACCAUCUGUGUCAACUAGUCAAGAGGAGCUUCUCGAGGAGUCGCCACCCAGCGAGGAGACCAGCCAGCCGAACCUCUCGCACCAGUCAGCUGAGGCAGAGCCGGUGAGCCCUCAGACAGAAACACCAGACGCCAGCCAAUCACAGGUCACUGCAAAUUUAACGGCUCUAACGAGUCAGCGGUCAGAAGAAGAGGAGUGUGCGAGCGACUCCUCUCCCACACGCCAUCUGUCAGACCUCUGCCACUCACAGCAGACUUUAGAGAACUCUGACCCCUCUGAUGCCGUGGGAACAAAGGAUGAGUCAGAUAAGUGCGCUGAAGGGGUGGAAACUGUUGAAACGGAGCAUAUUCAAACAGAGGAAAACAUUGAUAACACAAUAUUAACUGCUGCUGCUGCUGCUGCUACUGCUGCUGCAAGGUCUGGCGAAGAGCAGGAGGACGUACAGUCAGACCGGGACACAGAGCUGUCGGAUGGGACAGAUGUUAAUGUCAGUGAGGAAAAGUGAAGUCUUCCAUGAGCCGUUCACAUGCUGCAGAGCACCAGGAGAAAUCCUCAGAAUGAUAAGAAGGAAUGAUGCAUUUGUAAUGUGAUUUUUAUGAAUAAUGCAGAAAAAAAAACAGGAGAAAGUGACACUGUUGAGUUAUGAUUGACAGCUGGUGUGUUGAUAAUCUGUUACUUACUGUAAAUCCAAGAAAUAUGGAGGAUUUUAAAGUAAGUAAAAGUAGUAGGAAUGACUCAUCACUAACCUCAGAAAAACCUUAGUGUUAAUUGACAACUGUCAGCGACUCAUUAUCUAAUUUGUUCCUUUACUUGAUCCAUUUUGAGAGUCUUGAAUUCAUACAUGGCCCAAAGAAUGUCAAACCCUGAACAUAACCGCCAACAACAGUAGGCAAGUUGAGAGGGAACGAGUGGGUAACCCCUUGUAACAUGACCAAAACACGGUGCGGUCGUGGUCCGACCUGCAACCCAGAUGUGGUUGUUGAACAGUGUUAUGCUGUUAUAAAACCCUGCACUCCACUUAGGAUUGUUUUCCCACAGAAUCUUGCAACAGGUUUUGGCACAGAGUUGCAACUAUUCCGCCUGAAGAGCAUUAGUGCGGCUGCGGCCUGAUUCACAAUCCAAUUAAUCCAAAUGUAAUCCAGGUGUUUUGAGUGCAGACACCAUUUUCACUUAUUCCCAAACUCUUGGCACAAAGUUUGAAGCUUUACAUAAUGUUAAUGUUACAUAAUGUAUCAGAGGGAGGGAAACUGUGAUUUAUGGUGAUAAAAAGUGGCAAAAAAAUGUGGAAUGAUUUCGAUUUUUCUGCCUUUGACGCACAAAACUUCCAUCUUUGAUCAUUUGCUUUAGUCGUGGGAACUCUCGCUUUGACUGAGAAUUGUACUCAGCAGUGAAGGAGAAUAAAAUCAGCUGUUAACUCUGGUCAAACACUGAUUUAGGGUUUCACAUAGAACUCAAAAUGAAGACCAUGCACAGAAAGACACAGUCUCCUUUAUCUUUCUACCUCCGUCCACACUUCCCCCUCCACGCUGAAGUACUCCACUGUAUCUUUUUGAUCAGUACAUCCAAAAACAGACAUCCAGCUGUGAUGAAUGUUUUUUAGCCAAGCAGCAGCUUUAUUUUAUUUCCUCAAACACAGUACAGACAUUUCCAGUUUCAUCUCUUAUAUUGUUGUAAAUUUUACAAUGUGGGGCAUUUUGCUUUUUUUGCUAAACACCCUUACACCAGCUUUUUAUUUUAACAAUGAAAACAAUAUCAAAGCUAUAGAAAAUGCUGCAUGAUAAUAUACUAUUUAUUUAUUUUAAUUAAACCUUGCUCUUAUUUAAUCCCACAACAGGUGUCUUCAAAGCACAUAUUUGAAGAUUUACAAGAAUCUGAACAGAUGUCUUAUUACAGAGUACACUUACAGAGUUUAUAAGUCUCUAACACAAUGAAGGCACAACAUGUAGAUUACCAGAACUGAUGUCUUGUUUGUGUUUUUGUGGUGGAAAGAUAUUAUUACCUCACCAGAUAGAAAUGACAUAGAGCCAUAUGUGUGCAAAACAAAUGUAAAAAAUGGAUUUAUUUCUGCAAAAUAAAAGGUUUUCAACUA